AAGUCUUUCUGCUCAGAACAGAGGGAUGUCAGAAAUUGUACAGUACGUCCAUUGGUAGCAGGCCUGUGAGUCCACAAUGGAGGAAAGCCAGUUGGGACCCCAGUUGGCGGCAUCUCCGUCAUCUUCGCGAUCAUCAUCAGGAUGGUUUGGUCUGCUCCAAGAGUCGUUGCUCUUGGAAGAGUCCUUGCUCCAAGAGUCGUUGCUCGACCACAUCGACAAUGACCCCGAGUCAUUGCAUACUUUCAACGUUGGCACAUCCACGUCUUCGCGCAGAAUAGACGGCAGUGAUCAUGACAACGGCACAUGCGACCCCUGUGUCCUGUUCAGCUCAUCUCAUGGCUGCGCCAAGGGGCAAAGUUGCCGCUACUGCCACCUCACGCCCCACGCCCCGGCAGAGAAGAUCAAGGCAGCGCACCGCCCGCGGAAACAGACGAGGGACAAGUUCAAGACCUCCGUGCAAGAGAUGCUCCAGGCGCACAAGGGCCGCGUGGAGGAAAUUCACCACGAGUUGCAGGCGGAAGCUCGAAAGAGCCCCUACGUGAGGAAGCUGUUACAGGGCUACCUCGACGAGGACGGGGCCGACUCCGAGAUUUUCGCACCUCCGGGUCUUUUUGCGCCGAGCCCCCCGCCGGGGCUUGCGCUCCCAGCAGGCUUGCCUGUUCCAUUGACCCAAGACCAGGAGAUGCCGCUCCCGUAUGCGCCAGUUGGCCCGCUGAGGAUUUUGAGCUCAAUGAGCUGCUAACCACGAAAUCCGCGCGCUGGAGCGGCUUGCCAUGGGCCUCCCGUGGCACCCCCCUACCCCCCGCCCAACUCGCGCGGUCGCAGUUUCACCUUUCUCACUUCUUGCAGGCAGCGGCGGACGGCCGGACUGCUGGGUCGUUUUGUUUUCCUUCCGACUUGGGAGGGA